AUGCAGAUAACCUCCCAAGUUCUGGCUCUUCUUGCAAGACUGAAUGCCUCCUCACCUCAAUCCGGUGAUCAUGAACUUGUAGAGGAAUUGCUGGUGUAUUUUGUGGAACGUGGCAAGAAAGAAUGCUUUGCUUCAUGCUUGUUCAUAUGCUAUGAAUUGAUUAUACCAGAUGUGGCUUUGGAACUUGCCAGGAUGAAUAAUAUGAUUGACUUUGUGUUUCCAUACCUGCUUCAGUUCAUUCGAGAAUACACGACAAAAGUUGAUGAGAUUGUUAAGGACAAGUUAGAGGUUGUCCAAGAAGAGAAAUCCAAGGAGAAAGAGGAGAAAGAUCUUGUUGCUCAACAGAAUAUGUAUGCUCAACUUCUUCCCCUUUCUUUGCCAACACCUCCAAUGCCUGGCAUGCAAGUGGGCAUGGGAGGUUGCUUUCAGCUAGGUAUGAGUGGAAUGGGAAUGCCUCCCAUGCCAGCUUAUGGUAUGCGACCUAUGGGUGGCUAUUGA